AUGCGAAGGGCAAACUUAGCGAUCAAACGAGAAGGGCAUCUUAUGCCAACGUUCGAUGACUUCCUGCCACGGUUAAAGAAGGCCAGAUUAUUCUCGCGUUUGGACAUUAAGGAAGCGUUUCAUCAAGUGGAACUUCACGAAUCGUGUCGACAUAUCACUACAUUUAUCAGUCACGUAGGAGUUUUCAGGUACAAGCGUCUCAUGUUUGGGGUGUCGUGUGCACCUGAAAUGUUUCAGAAAAUACUGGAACAAAUAUUGUCGAAAUGCGAAAAUGUUGUUGUUUACAUCGACGAUAUUCUGGUGUUCGGCGAAGAUGAAAAACAACAUGAUCGAGCACUCGAGCAAGUAAUGACGGCCCUAAACUUAAGAGGAGUUCUUUUGAAUCAUCAAAAAUGUGUAAUCAAAGUGGAGGAACUCACUUUUCUCGGACACAAUAUAUCAGGAAACGGAAUUCGACCAGCGGAAGAAAAGACAUCAGCAAUCAGUUCGUUCCGAUCACCGAAAACGGCUGAAGAGUUGAGGAGCUUCUUAGGUUUAGUGACGUACGUCGGAAAAUUCCUACCCGACUUGGCAACCGUUUGUGCACCCCUUUGGGAACUCACGCAUAAGGGAACAGUUUUUCAAUGGGCACCUGAGCACGAUAUUGCAUUUCAAAAACUCAAGAGCAUGGUUUCGCAGGCCACAACACUCCAAUACUUUGACAACACUUUACGAACACGUGUUGUAGCAGACGCAUCUCCUGUAGGUCUUGGUGCAGUUUUAAUCCAAUUUGGAAACAUGCAUCAUGAUAGUGAUAGGCGUAUCAUCUGCUAUGCGAGCAAAAGUCUGAGUGCGACAGAGCGCAGAUAUUGUCAGACAGAGAAGGAAGCAUUGGCCCUUGUCUGGGCAGUCGAACGAUUUUCGACAUAUUUACUUGGUAGGAAAUUCGAGUUGGAGACAGACCAUAAACCGCUUGAAACCAUUUUUGCACCCACGUCACGACCCUGUGCAAGAAUUGAAAGGUGGGUUUUACGGUUGCAAGGUUUUACAUUCGAAGUCAAAUAUAGGAAAGGUUGCAAGAACAUAGCAGAUCCAUUUUCACGGCUUUCCAAAACUCAAGAAGGUGAAGACUUUGACGACGACAGUCAGUUUCUCGUGUUAGCUAUAAUGGAGUCAGCAGCAAUUGACACUUGCGAAUUGGAAAAGGCAUCAAAAGAAGAUGCUGAACUUGCCAUAGUACAUGAAUGUGCACGCAACGGACAAUGGGGAAAACCAGAAGCUAAGGCAUAUGAGAUUUUGAAAGAUGAAUUAGGUUUCGUCGGAGACCUUUUAGUUCGAGGAACAAAAUUGGUGAUUCCGAAAUCGUUACGAAACAGAAUGCUUAUUCUAGCACACGAAGGUCAUCCGGGGGAAACGGUAAUGAAGCGUCGUCUAAGAGAUCGCGUAUGGUGGCCGGCUAUGGACCGUGAAACCGAAAAAUUUGUUACCUCGUGUGAAGGAUGUAGACUUGUGGGGCUGCCAAGUAAACCAGAACCCAUGCAACGCAGGAAAAUACCAUCUCGACCUUGGAUUGAUGUCGCUCUCGACUUCAUGGGACCACUUCCAACGGGAGAAAACUUGAUGGUUAUAGUCGAUUAUUUUAGCCGGUAUAAAGAGGUCGAGAUAAUGCGGCAAAUAACAGCUGAAGAAACUAUAUCACGAUUGCACAAGAUCUUUACUAGGCUGGGGUUUCCCGUCUCCAUUACUUUGGAUAAUGCUCGUCAAUUUAUAAGUACAACAUUUGAAAAUUAUUGUAAGGAACAUGGCAUUUCAUUGAAUCAUUCUACUCCAUACUGGCCACAAGAAAACGGUCUAGUAGAACGCCAGAACCGUUCAUUACUGAAACGGCUUCAGAUAAGCCACGCGUUAGGGCGUAACUGGCAGGCUGACCUUAUGGAUUACAUGAUGAUGUACUAUACAUCACCUCAUUCUGUAACCGGAAAGACUCCAACGGAACUGUGUUAUGGUAGAACAAUUCGUUCAAAGAUACCAUCACUACACGAUAUCGAAACAGCUGUAGCGACCAAUGAGGUAACAGAUAGAGAUUCUGUUGCAAAACAAAAAGGGAAAGAGAAAGAGGACCAAAGACGUCAUGCCAAAUAUUCAGAAAUACAAACAGGAGACACAGUAUUAAUGAAGAAUUUAUUACCGGGAAAUAAACUGACUACAACGUUUGGGACUAAUGAGUAUAAGGUUAUAAACAAAGAAGGAUCUAGAGCAAAAAUCAGAGAUAAGAAAACGGACAAGAUAUACCAACGGAACGUCGCUCAUCUCAAGCGUGUAAUGGACAAAAACAGGUUGUCAAACGAAGAAACACCGAAUAACGGAUCUGGCCGUCAAGAACUUGAGGAUACAGGGUCUUCUCCGAUCGUCGCUGAACCCUCCACAAAAUCACUAAUGGCUUCUGAAAAUUCUAGAACGCGCCGAGAAGUAAAACUCCCUUCAAAGUUCAAGGACUACAUCAUCGCAGACUAA